AUGCCAUUUUUUUAUGAUAAAAUUGAUUUCUUAGGGUUUGAAGUUAGUGCGAACGGUAUAAGACCGGGCUAUCAAAAAACAUUAGCUAUUUCAGAGUUUCCAAAACCAAAAAAUAUACAUGAUAUUAGAAGAUUUAUCGGUUUGACAAGUUUUUUUAGAAGAUUUAUAAAAAAUUUCGCGAUUUUUGCUAGGCCGUUAACUGAUUUACUAAAGAAAAAUUUUUCAUGGAAUUGGACAGAUCAACAAGAAAAUUCAUUUAUUACAUUAAAAAGUAAAUUAGUGGAAAGACCUAUAUUGGCACUCUAUGAUCAAAAGCUUGAAACUGAAUUGCAUACAGAUGCGUCUAAAAUAGGUAUAGCUGGAAUCUUAUUGCAAAAAGGGGCUGAUAAUUUGUUACGACCCGUUGCUUAUUAUAGUCGAAAAAAUACUAGUGAAGAGCAAAGGAUGCAUUCAUUCGAACAAGAGACACUUGCGGUAAUAUCUUCAUUAAACAGAUUUAGAGUAUAUUUAUUAGGCAUAAAAUUUAAAAUUGUAACAGACUGCAGUGCGCUGCGUACAACUUUUACAAAACGUGAUCUUAUUCCGCGUAUAGCGAGGUGGUGGAUUCAAUUUCAAGAGUUUGAUUGUGAAAUUGAAUAUCGACCAGGGAAUAAAAUGGGCCAUGUCGAUGCGCUUAGUAGGGGUCCUGUUAAUGAUUCUAAUCCGGAUACUGACUUACAAAUAUUAGACGUAUUAAAUUUCACCACUGAAGAUUGGAUAGCUACUAUACAGAAUAAUGAUGAGGAAAUUAAGAGAAUAAAGGAAAUACUGGAAUCAAAAAAAUAC